AUGGCGGGCUCAAUCGAGGGCGCGCGCCCGCUGCAGAUUGAUGAGAAGAACGCCAUUAUGCCACAGGAGAGUAGUGACAAUGACUUUCAACACAGUCACCAUGAGGUGGUUGAUUCAGGCUCAGCUGAAUCGGGCCUCAAUCAAUCUGAGAAAGAUAUUCCGAUGACUUUUCGCCGAUUCAUGGGCUUUACAGCCAUGGCGUUCCUAUGGACUGGAAGUCAGAUUCCCGUUUAUCUAUUUGGUGGUAUUCCUCCCUAUAUCUAUGGAGACAUUGGAGGAUCAGAUCGAUGGGUUUGGUUUGUUCUAGCAAAUCUUCUCGGUCUUGCCGGUGUCUGCCCCUUUGUUGGAUCCUUGUCAGAUCUGAUCGGUCGUCGCUAUGUCGCCAUUAUCGGCGCCUGCUUCAUUGUCAUCGGAAUGAUCGUCUGCAGCACAGCGCAUACUAUGAACAUUUUCAUCGCUGGUAUGGCGAUUGCUGGCGCCGGCGCUGGCGUGAACGAACUGACUGCACUGGCUGCAACCUCCGAAAUGGCACCAACUCGCAAACGCGGGUCAUAUGUUGCCGUCCUCAUCUUCACUAUUGUUCCCUUCUGCCCGUCGGUGCUUUGGGCCCAGCUCAUCUCAUACUACAGUAGUUGGCGUUAUGUCGGCGCCUUUGCCGGCGCAUGGAAUGCGUUUGGUCUACUGAUCACUGUCAUGUUCUAUUACCCUCCGCCUCGGGUCAAUUCUACUGGACUGAGCCGAAAGGAAAUCAUCGGUCGGAUUGAUUUCAUGGGUGGAUUCCUGAGCAUCACUGGACUCAUUGUCUUCUUGGCUGGCUUGCAAUGGGGUGGAUACAUGUACCCCUGGACCUCUGCACAUGUCCUUGCGCCCCUGAUCAUCGGUUUCUUCCUUCUCGUCGCGUUCGCAUUCUGGGAAAUCUACGGUGCUAAAUACCCCAUCUUCCCUACUCGGUUGAAGCAAGAGCCUCGAACAUUGGGUUUGACUCUGGUCAUUACUUGUAUCUCUGGCUGUAACUUCUUUUCCGUUCUCAUGUUCUGGCCUACUGAGUCAUUCAAUGUCUACGGCCACGAUCCAGUGGAUGUCGGUGUUCGCAGUCUUCCUAUUGCGUUUGGGAUCCUUGCUGGCGCUUGUAUUGUUCUCGUACUGCUGAGUGUGUUCAAAGGGCAUAACAAGGAACUGCUUAUUGGUAGCAGCAUUCUGAUGACAGCCGGAUGUGGCUCAUUGGCUAUUGGACGAAUCGACAACAUGUCUCAAUUGUGGGGACUAUUGACUCUGGCUGGUCUGGGAAUCGGGGGCAUCGUAGUCCCCGCCUCAAUCAUCACCACAAUCAUUUGUCCUGAUGAUCUCAUCGCCACCAUUUCCGCUCUUACUUUAUCCAUCCGAGUCGUUGGCGGAGGAGUCGGCUACACCAUCUACUACAACGUCUUCAUCUCCAAGUUCGUUCCAGCAGCAACAAAAUACAUUGGCGGUGUCAUGGAGAUGGAUCUCGGCAUUACCGACACAACACUCAUCGCUGACGUUAUCGGCCUUACUGGCGCCUCAUUGCUGGAUGAGAUUAAAUUGAUUCCUGGAAUUGCGGGAAAUGAGACCGCAUAUGAGAUGGUAGUUGAGGCUGGGCAGAUCGCGUUCUCUGAAUCAUACAAGUACGUAUAUUAUGUGAGUAUCGCUUUUGGAGUGAUCUCAAUAAUUUCGGCUUGUUUCUUGGGUGAUAUUUCUAAGUAUAUGACUGAUCAUGUCGCUGUCGUGAUGUGA